CGCGCAAGGGAGCGCGUUUUUCCAUUCAUUCCCAUUCGGCGCACCGCCCACGAUCCUCCGCGAAAGGCGAAGUGGGUCACUUUCGCUUUCUCGUUCGAGGACGUUUCAGCAGUUUCAGUUUCACUCCUGCGCGCCCGGCUCAAACCACUUUCCAAAAGCCCGUUUUCAAACCCAGAUGACUCAGAAAUGCAACGCAACAGCGUGCAGAAGCUAGUACUCGUUACACAUUCUCAAGAGGAGCUCGAAAAAUCAGUGGGCGUGAUUGAAACAAGCGUUGUUUCAGUGAUCAUCUUGAAGGGAGGGAUACGCGCGGUCGAAAGGCUUCGGCUUGCUUCGGGCUGUCCGCGCCACGCGGCCUCUAGAGGACGCCCCGGUCGGCCUUGCCGAAAUAGGCGCUAUCUGGCGUGCUUGUUUUGCGGGGAGCAGCAAGCGGUUGGGCGUGUGUGUUUAUGCUCGGCGCUGCGAAGGCGCUAUUAUUUUGGCGCUAGACGAGUGAAGGAUUUUUAGAAGACCGCUUUCUUCCAACGCUCGUUCGACGUCCGCCUCGCGUCGUCGACUGAGAGAUAACCCGACACACCUUGACGACGGGAGUCCGGUGAGCGCGCCGGUAAACGCAGCCGAACAUGCCGGUGUUUCACACCAAGACCAUCGAGAGCAUCCUCGAGCCCGUCGCGCAGCAGGUGUCCCGCCUGGUGAUCCUCCAUGAAGAAGCCGAAGAUGGCAACGCCAUGCCCGAUCUCGAGCGCCCCGUCAAGGCUGUCAGCAUGGCCGUCUCCAACCUCAUCAAGGUUGGGCGUGAGACGAUCAACAGCAGCGACGACCAGAUCCUGCGACAGGACAUGCCUGCUGCCCUGCAGCGGGUCGAGCAGUCCUCCAAGCUUCUUGAGGAGGCCUCAGCCAUGCUCAAGGCCGACCCAUACUCGCAGCCCGCCCGCAAGAAGCUGAUUGAGGGUGCUCGGGGCAUCCUGCAAGGAACUUCUGCCCUUCUGCUCUGCUUCGAUGAGUCCGAGGUGCGCAAGAUCAUCCGCGAGUGCAAGAAAGUGUUGGACUACUUGGCAGUGUCUGAGGUGAUCGAGUCCAUGGAAGACCUCGUUCAGUUCGUCAAGGACAUGAGCCCGUGCCUGACGAAAGUGUCACGUGACGUGGAUGCCCGGGAGAAGGAACUGACCCACCAGGUGCACCGGGAGAUCUUGAUUCGCUGCCUCGACUCGGUCAAGGUCCUGGCGCCCAUCCUCAUCUGCAGCAUGAAGAUCUUCGUCCAGAUCCUGGCACAGUCGGGCAAGGGUGUCGAGGAGGCGGCCGAGAACCGCAACUACCUGGCGCUGCGCAUGACGGAGGAGAUCAACGAGAUCAUCCGGGUGCUCCAGCUCACCACCUACGACGAGGAGGAGUGGGAUGCUGACAACCUCACCGUCAUGAAGAAGGCACAGAACGCAAUUGCGGGCAAGAUCCAGUCUGCGCAUGACUGGCUGGAGGACCCAAUGGCUGUCACCGGCGGAGUUGGUGAGAAGUCGCUGCGGCACAUCCUUGACUAUGCCAAGCGGGUUGCCGACCGGUCUUUGCCUGCCGAUGGUGACGCUAUCCGCAAGCUCUGUGGCGACCUCGAGUCUAUGACCAACGCCCUGUGCGAACUGCGCCAGGAGGGCAAGGGUGCAUCGCCCCAGGCACAAUCGCUGGCUCGCGGUGUUGGUCUCAAGUUGCGCGAGUUGAACAACCUCAUUGGCCAGGCCAUCACCAAUGUGGAGCGUAGCGGCAUCCAGCAGCUGGCGCACACCGUGGGCGGCCGCGUGGAACAGGCGCUUAAGUGGCUGGUCAACCCUGGUGUGUCCGACCGUGGCCUCGGCGAGCAUGCCAUCCAGCUGACGGUGGAAGAAGGCCGGCGGACCGCGGAGAGCUGCCCGAUGCCGCAGCGAGCCGAGAUCGUCCAGCUGUGCAACGAGAUUGACUCGCUCACACGCAAGCUCAAGGACCUGUGCAGGCGAGGCCAGGGCAACUCUCCCGAGGCGCUGCAGACUGCCCGACUCAUCUCCUCCAAGUUGCUCGAACUGAAGCACAAGAUUCAGAAGGCCCUCGUCAACAGGGUGGUCGAGGAUUUCAUCGACAUCACCACUCCGUUGAAACUGUUCACCGAAGCUGUGCACGCUCCGGAGGGCACGCCCAACAGAGAAGCAAACUUCCAGGACAGGGCUCGCAAUCUGACCGAGUUCUCGCAGAAGGCGGCUCGCACGGCACGAAACGUUGCUCUCGGCGGCGCGUCAAACAAGAAGCUUGCCGAGGCGCUCUUGUCCUCAGCAGCUCAGGUGGAGAGUUUGACUCCGCAGUUAGUGAAUGCCGGGCGUAUCCGCAUGACCUACCCAGACAACAAGGCUGCGGAUGAGCAUUUCGAAAAUCUCCACAAGCAGUACUCGGAGAGCAUGAUGCACAUGCGGAACCUGGCUGACGAGGCCACGGACACGGCGAACUUUGUUAAGGUCACAGAGGACAUGAUCCUGAAGCACACGGAGCUGUGCGAGGAUGCCAUGGCCCGGCAACUGCCCCAGCAGAUGGUGGACAACACGUCGAGCAUUGCCCGGCUGGCCAACCGUGUCCUCAUGGUGGCCAAGCAGGAGUCCGACAACUCCGAGGACCCCAUCUUCAUUGGCCGGGUCAAUCAGGCCGCCGACUGCCUCCAAGGCACUGUGACCCCCAUGAUCCAGAAUGCCAAGCAGGUCGCCACCCGUAUCUCGGACCCUGUGGCCCAGUCCCGCUGGAGGGAGACCAACAAAGCGCUCAUCAAUGCAGUCGGACAGGUGCGGCAGGCUGUGACAGUUACGCCCGAGGAGGAGCUGCUUCCGCACCUCAUGGGACUGCAAGCUAACGCCAAGCCAACCGUGCGGUCUCACGACGUCAGGGUUCCUGACUUUAAUGAAAUGUUUGACGUCAAGAUCGAAGUGCCACCGGCUGAGAAGCGCCCACCUCCCAAGAGAGAAGUGGUGGUGGAGCCGCCCGUUCAGAAGACAACCAUUCCCAGGCAGUUGCAAGAACACAGCUACCCAGAGGAGGCCCCACCGAGACCCCCACUGCCAGGAUCUGGGGACAGGGCUCCCCCGAGGCCACCACCACCAUGUGAAACUGAUGAUGAGUUUGAAGAACGCUUCCCACCUCCUCAGCCGAACCAGCCCAUCAUGAUAGCAGCACACGGCUUGCACCAGGAGGUUCGCCAGUGGUCGAGCAAGGACAACGAGAUCAUUGCGGCCGCCAAGAGGAUGGCUAUCCUCAUGGCACGGCUCAGCCAGCUGGUCAGGGGCGAAGGGGGCACCAAAAAAGACCUGAUUGCCUGCGCCAAGCAGAUUGCCGAGGCGUCUGAAGAGGUUACUCGCCUUGCCAAGGAGCUCGCUCGCAUGUGCACGGACAAGCGCAUGAGGACGAACAUUCUGCAAGUGUGCGAGCGCAUACCGACUAUCGGAACCCAGCUGAGAAUAUUGUCUACAGUCAAGGCCACCAUGCUUGGGGCCCAGGAGCCCAUACCGACGCCAGAUGGGAGCGAGAUUAUCUGCGGCACAGAGGAGGAUCAGGAGGCGACGGACAUGUUGGUGGGCAAUGCCCAAAACCUGAUGCAGUCGGUCAAGGAGACCGUGCGUGCCUGCGAGGCAGCCUCCAUCAAGAUCCGCACAGACUCCGGACUGCGUGUCCGCUGGAUCCGCAAGCAGCCCUGGUACCAGUAUUAGACGGAGAUGCCAGAUCACGACAGAGCACAAAUGCAGAGCCUUCGAUCAUCCCUCUGCUGUGCGUCCCUUCGAUAAUGCUGCGUUGCAUGAAUUACCACAAAGCACGCAGCAGUGUUGAGGGAAAGCUGCUGCAACAAGGCCAGGUAUUGCAGCUGUGGAGUUCUGCGAGCCACAAUUGCUCCUGGUUGCAGGUGAUUGUCGUGUGGUAAUAGGAACAGGGAAUGACUCGGCCACUGCGAAAAGUUCUGCGUCGACCCCUAGGGUGCUGUUCUGGGUGCACCUUGUUAAGUCCUUUGUUUUAGCAUCUCUCCUUUGGUGUUUCUUGUUAUCAAUUAGUCUUUUGCAUUGUUGCGCUUAUGUUAUUGUUUACAUUUAAGUAGCGUAGUCUUUGUUCUUAGUAGUGUUGACCUCAUUGUUGGUGCAGCAAGAGUUUUUAUUGACCCUGCUAAUCAGCUUUAUCUCUUUAACUCGAGGCAGGGCAAGCCCACUUAACAGUUCAAAUUGUAUUAUGUCGUACGCACAAUAAUGGUCUCUACAUUUCAUUUGAAAAUUUUGGCUGCAUUUUCAAGUUCGAAGUGUAACCGCAUUUUUAGUUGGUGACUAUUGUGGAAGAGCUUGUUCUUUCCUCUUGAGCACUUUCCUCGUGUCUUUUUAAGACUUCCUUGAUGAGGUGGUCUAAGUAUGCUGUGCUAAAUGAUUUUAAGUUUUCUUAGCAGUUAGUGCACUCCACUCGGCAAUGAAAACAUAUCUGAGACAGGGUAUCUACCACUGAGCACUCAGCUGGUGCUUGCUUGGCUGCUGAAAAAAAGAGCUUUUUCUUUCUUAGCAAAUGUCGCACUAAACUUACAAGUAAGCUCGCCUAGAUUGUAGAUUGUGCGAUACGAGUGUAGUUACACAUGGCUCUCUCAUAACCUUAGCGUACAUUUGUGCGAGAGUUUCUUGGAAUGGAUUUUCGAUUUAAGCAUGCACAGAACCAGAUGAGUUGUUGCGCAAAUGAUUUUUAUACUAUGAUGGGAUUGGUCCUCUUUGCAUACUGAAGACGAGUGUGCUAGCAUAGUCUAUUUUUGGAUGACAUUGUAUUACUGACAACUUUACUUCAGUGACUACCAACGUGUCUUCCAUGAGUUGGAACAACAAAGGCCAAUAAUGAUCCUUGCACUGGGCUACAUAGCACUGAGAAUUUGUCUUUUAUUUUUCUCUGUGGGUGUUAUCCCAUAGUUAAGUGAUUUCGCAACGCUGAAAGGAAGUCAGUGACUUGUAUAUUCUGGUACACCUGGGCUAUUACAGAAGUAGUUUUAACACACAUUUACAUGUAGCUAUACCUGAAACAGUCCAUAAAUUAAGCAGUCCUUCAAGAUUCUAAAUGAACGCUCGUGGCAUUUCUGUGCAACAUAGUUGCCACAAGGUGUUCCAUGCAUUGUUUGUCGAUCUCUUUUGUUAACAGCAGCUGUUCUCAACUUGUGUCUCACCUCGCUUGCGUCCAGAAGUCACGUCCUGCCCUGCUUGCAUGCUCCAAGUUUGUCUAAGCUGGGCCAUGUGCAAAUCAUGCAUUUGUUAUCUUUUCUUAUUAACCCAGUUUUUAACAAGCUUACUUUUUUUUUAAAAGAAACCGGUGUUUGUUCCAUGUUUUUAACAUUGAGCAUUUGUACACGUUGCGUUGCUCGGAGGAACUGGAGAGAUUCUGAGGUGCUCCUCUCUCUCUCGCACACGGUUGUGCCAUAUGACUCUGGAACGUAUUUUAUUUUGAACCUUUUACAUUGUCAUGUGUACUCAUUUUAAAGAUAUGCGGGUUGUUCCGUUGCCUCUGGUGAUCCAAAAUGGUACCGAUUUGUCGAGUGCCGUGUUUGCUAGGUAGCCUGUGCUAGUGUCUUAAGCUAUGUCACUGCCCAUCCAAAACAGCCAAUAUAUGUGUGAGCAAAAUGUUUUUCUUAACUUCAAGUGGUGAUAUCGAAGAUAGAAAGCUUUCUAGUUUCAUUUCCCGCCUGGGUAUGUUGCGUCACUUUAUAAGUGUUUGUAACAGACAAUGCUGUUAUCUCAGUUUUCAGUAACAAGCUUGUUAUACUUAGCAUUUUGAUAUUUAUAGCUUUGCACAGUGUUGUCCUAUGUUAUGACUGCAACGUGAAAGUAGUAGUAUUUUAAAGUCCCUGCAAAACUCUUUUUGCACAGACAAGCUUUGCCAUGCAUUGUUAUGUCCAGGUGCUUAAUAAGAGCAACUUAGGGUCAUUUUGCUAGCAUCGAUUGCAUGAGUACGUCGUGCUAAUGAACUGGUAAGAGGACAAGGUUCAAAGAAUAAACAAGUACUAGCUUGUUUAGCGAGAGAAUUCCCUAGCCCAAAAGCCCCUAGCUCUUUUUUACGACUGUGGCCGUGAGCAACAUUGCAUUCUUUGUGUCGAUCAUAGGAAGCCAUCUUGCACCACCAGAGGCAGUGGACGUUCAAGUGUGAAAGGCUGUGCCCAAAUAAUGCCACGAUUCUGUUCCACUUCUAUGUCAGUGUGAUUAUGUUUUUGACCCUUUUGCCUUAGGUUUGCACAGUCGAUUCUCGAUAAUUCGAACACGAAGGGGCAUGAAAAUCGGUUUGAACUAAAAGUAGUUUGAAUUAAAGCAAGGUAAUUGAAUGGAGGACUUGCGUGCAGCACUUGUGGUGCAUGUGCGCUGAGCUUACACGAGCUACGAAUUCCGGAAGUGUGGCUUCACUGCAGCAUGGCACGUGCUGCCGUGAAGCCGUAUGUCUAGGCGAAAUUUUUGCUGCUGUGAAGCUGCACCUCAAGGCAAAAUUUGCAUGUAACCAACACCCCAACUUUAUACUGUCACACUUAAAAAAUUUUUGAUGCAGGUUAUGUGCGCCGUAGCGUGAGUUGGCGCGCAGUGUGUCCGAAACGCUUACUUGUUCGAAUUACCGAGCAUUACGGGGGAAAACUGCACACAGUUUUCGUAAGAUCACUACAUCAGUUCGAAUAAACUGGAAGUUCAAAUUAAGCAGGUUUGAAUUAAUGAGAUGCCACUGUGAAACCAUGUUAAUGUUACCUUUUGAGAUCGAUGACUCGCUGCAAUCCAUGAUGAAAAAUGGAGUAGGAGAGAUUUGCAUUAUUCUGGCACUGCUUUCUGUGACGUCUCUUUGUGCUGACUAUCACUAUCUGUCAUGGUGAAUUGUUCUUGGUGUGUUGUCCAGCUGGUGCGUGUUUGCAACCUGCCCACCGUCAUUUACAGCACAUUUGGCAAACAUUUUAAGCAGUUCGUGGAAGCGGUGUUGCAGUUGAGAUGCAUCAAUCGGUGUCUCAAGUGUGUCUCCUGAAUCGUGCAGGGUGUGUCCAGUGUUCACUCAAGAACACAUCAUCCACAUUUACAUCGAAUUAAUUUUUACUCAUGGGUUUGGUAUGGCUUGAUUGCAUUGAUGCAAUGGUAUGCAAAGUGCAAAAUUUUCUCAAGACUUAGUUGCGAGAGACCAUACUGGUGUAGCCGGAUGGUUAGCUGCAAGCUAGCUGGGUCUUCAUGCACUGCAGCAAUUGGAGCUUUUCUGCAGUUAGCAUAAGUUUUGACAGUGCAGUUCACUUCAUUUGUUUUAAAGACACCUGGACCAUAAUUGUGGUCAUUGACUGAAUUUACCCAUGAAUUCUAAAUACAGAUAACUUCUUUUCAUGUAGACAUGCACAGUACAAUUUACUCUUAGAGGGAACACGUCAUACUAAUAUUCAAACCAAGGUUACUUGAACACGUCAUGAACCCCAUAAGAAGGAAAAGUGCUUGAUAUGGCACAUUGGUAGACUUAUAAUGGUAAGAAAUUAUUGCCAAGGCCUUCAUGUCAUAAGUGAGCUGCAAUCAAUCCCGAAGUACUAGUCUGGCGUUCCCUUUAACUAUGGGCCACACUGUACACGAAACAGGCACAAACUGUUGUUACAGCUGGGAGGAUUCAGGAAUGGCUGGGAGGGAUCACAUUCAACAAGAUGGCAUUUAAUGCAUGUUCGUGUGUGGCUUCUGCUCCUCUUCUCACGGCCAAAGGCUCAAGUGAUUUGUGUGCGAGGAGUAAAAUGUUUUCGGUUGUUUGCGCUUGCAGGCGAUGGUGGUGCCUUUCGUUCAUUAUGCAAAUGCUUUUCUUAUGCAAUGUGCCACUCUCAUGGGGCAGCGUGCCCUUCAACCCCCAGUGCUUUUUUACACGCCAGUGACUACGUCGUGUACUGCAAUAACCACCUUUAUUUCUUAUUUAUAUCAUAUAUUAGAGCUAAUAAAGUAAUUAUUACUCCUUA